AUGCAAGCUGCAGUGGAGCAGGCCACCGAGGCUCCAGUCAAGAAAUUCACUCGACACUCAAAAGCCUGCCGGGAAUGUCGCAGACUCCGGACCAGGUGCGUGAAUGAUGGUCGGGCACCCUGUCAGUCGUGUCGGCAGAGUGGGAAGGACUGUGUAUUCCUUCAACGCGGCCAGCCAGACCAAGACCGCGCUUUUCGGCGUCCAAGAGCUCGCACCUCUGUUGGUCAUCGCAAAAUUGGCUCUGUCACAACCGUCCCUACCUCCUCGAUUGAACUGAACAGGAAUUCCCAGACAAGUAAAUCCCCGGCAUCGUCCCCGGCGCCGGCAACGAGAAUAACACCAGCCUCUUCAACCACUCUCCCCUCUGAGCUCAGAGAGGUCCUGCCGCCCUUUGAAGAACUGAUUGAAGGAGUAAACAUAUUCACAACGUCCUUCUUCCAGCUUGGCUUUUUACCGAAAACGCUGAUAUUCGAGCGGCUACGAAAAGACCCUGAUUCAAUCAGCAGAUUUCUAUUGUUUAGCAUUUUGAGCAUCUCAGCUCGUUUUACCCCUUGUCUUGUCACCCGGUAUGGGAGUGACUUGAGCGCAACCGACCUGUUUCUCAGCCGGGCAGCUGCGCUAGUGCCCGAGCAGAUGUACGUUCCAACCCUAGAAGCGACACAAGGAUUCUUCCUUUUGAGUAUUGCAGAAUGGGGCAAAGGCGACAAACAUCGGAGCUCGAUGCACAUGAGCAUUGCCAUGACCAUGGCUGGCAUCUUACGGCUACAUCGAGAAGAGACCUACCGUUUAUCCAGUGAUGCGACGGCUGAGCAAUUCGUCCACGCGGAGGCAGGAAGGCGAACAUUCUGGAUGCUGGAGAGUUACAACAAUCUUCUCUCCGGUCUGACUUCUCCAGUGGCCAUCUCAUAUAGUGAUAUAACCGCUCUUUUGCCCUGCACAGAGCACGAGUUUGCAUUUGGGAACUUGGUCAAUCCCCGAGUACCCCUAACUGGAACAUUACCGGCUCUUAAGGAUCCAUCACUCGCUCAUUCCGCGACGCGGUCUUUGUUUGCGACUCUUUUACAGACACACAAUCUGUGGGGCCAGGUAGCAAGAGUUGUUGGCACUGAUACAGGGCGAGAACCUCCCGACGACGAAGUACAAUUGAGCCGAGAGGAUUAUGCAAGGCUAUCGACGGCACUAGAUGAAUUUGAACGAAACAGCCCAACGCAUCAUUGCUGGUCAAUUUGGAACCUUCGAGGGUUCAAAGCAAAGGGGCUAGACUUGGCAUAUCUAUCGGCCGUGAUGGUGUUGAGAUUGAGUAAUAUCGUCUUACGCCGAAGAUAUCUCCAUGAUGGAUCGAAUUCCGAUCAACACUUGCGGGCUGACCACGAUCCCCACAACCCGGCCUCUGUUACAACGGAACUAUUCGAAAAUAUGAUAAUUCUCCACGAGCAAAUCGAUGCCUUCUUUGACUUUCGCUCCCCUGACCAAGGCUUCCCAGCCCUGAUCGUCUUCUGCGUCUAUGUAUGCGGCUCUUUGGCAAACCAUCUGCAUAAAAGACCGGAAAUCUGUCCAAGCACAGCACCUAGGGCUGAAGAGAUCCUCCGGAAAUCUUUGACAGGGCUGGGCGAGUUGCAGCAUGCAUGGCCUCUUGCUCGGCGUUGGAAUAAAGCUCUCUGUAGAGCUAGUGCAAGGGAUCCCAACCAGAUCACUGAAAUGCAUUUGACCGAUCUAACUGGUAACUCUUCAUUGAAUGGACCAUUCACACCCGGUAGUGAGGCACAGUCGUCCUCGCCAAGGAUUCUGUCUCGGCUGAAUGAUCCAUUCCCCACGGAUGUGAUGCUGAUGGAAUUCGAAACUUAUCCUUGGAACGAAAUAUUUAUGAGCUCUAUGAAUCUCGAUUAUGCAAAUGUAGCCUAA